AGUGUGAAUAUUUUGAAUACAAGUCUUCAUAUUAGUGAUCUCCAUGGAAGUCUUCAUUAGUAGGCAAAGAAAAAUGCUGAAGCUCUUUUUCUGAAACAUUCUUAAGCAAUAAACUCCAAUUAAACAAACUAAAAGAAGUGUGAAUACAAAUCCUCAUCUAUGCUUAUAUAGUUCUGUGUGAUUAACAAAACAAUUAAGCUAAGCUAAUCAUCAAUUAGUCUUAAACUAACACCAUUGUCCAUCUCCAAUAAUCCUGUGAGAACUAUCUCAUCUCCAAAUUUUCCAGUUCAAAUUCCAAAAUCAUGUCAAAUAACACAAAUAGCACUGUAAUUGUAUCUGCAGUUGCAUCUGCUGCAGCCUCAGCUAUGCUAAUUCGAAGCGCCGCGAACGAAUUGGUUCCUUCUGAGGUUCUAGAGUACUUUUCUUCAAAAUUUUUCAAUCUCAGGCACCACUUCUCGUCGCGAUUCACCAUUGCGAUCGAGGAGUAUCAGGGAAUGAUGUGCAACCACAUGUAUGAGGCUGCAGAGGUCUAUUUAGGCACCAAAGCCGCUCUCGCGAGGCACAGAGUUCGAGCAAGCAAAUCAGGGAAUGAUAAGAGUCCAGCAUUCAGCAUAGACAAAGAUGAAGAAAUUUUGGAUGAUUUUGAAGGAGUUAAGGUAACUUGGAGAUUUUUCCGUUAUUUUGAGCAACGUACUAAUAGAAAUCAUUAUAUUAAUGAUUUCAAUGGUUCUUCCAAGAGAGAAGUAAAGUCCUAUGAACUAAGCUUUCACAAGAAACACAAAGACAAGAUCUUCAAUUCAUAUCUUCCAUUUGUGUUGGAAAGAGCAAAGGCAAUUGAAGAAGCAAACAUGGCUUUGAAUCUUUACACCGUUGGCAGUGAGAAUGAAUGGAUUGGAGGUGUGGAAUUUGCCCACCCCAUGAGUUUCAAGACUCUCGCGAUCGAUGCGGAUCUCAAAAACAAGAUCACUGAUGAUUUGGACAAGUUUGUGAAAGGAAAAGAGUUCUAUAACAGAACUGGCAAAGCUUGGAAAAGGGGUUACUUAUUGUAUGGUCCUCCUGGAACUGGCAAGUCGAGUCUUAUCGCGGCCAUGGCAAAUUAUCUCAAUUAUGAUCUCUAUGACUUAGAUCUCAGUGCUGUUCCUACCAAUAGGGAGUUGAAGAAUCUGGUCCUUAACAUGUCGAACCGUUCCAUUCUUGUUAUGGAAGAUAUUGAUUGCACUAUAAAGCUGCAGAACAGAGAAGAAGAAGAGGAGGAGGACAACAUGGAAAGAGAUAAGAAAGAAAGCAAGGUAACACUAUCAGGGCUAUUGAAUGCAAUAGAUGGUUUAUGGUCAUGCUGCGGCGAGGAACGAAUCAUCGUGUUCACGACAAAUCACAAAGAGAAGCUUGAUCCUGCUCUUCUAAGGCCUGGAAGAAUGGACAUGCACAUUCACUUGUCAUACUGCACUUUCUCUGCUUUUAAACAAUUGGCAUGCAACUACCUUAAAAUCUCAGAUCACAAUCUCUUUCAAGAGAUUGAAGGGCUCUUAAGAGAAGUGCAGGUUACUCCAGCAGAAAUUGCAGGAGAGCUGCAAAAAAAAAUUAAUGCUGAAAAUUGCCUGCCAGAUAUUGUUAAAUUCUUGCACAACAAGAAAAUGGUGGAGCAAAAUGAGCCAAAGUUGAGCGUAAUCAUGGAAUAAUUAAGUUUGGUUAAACUUAAUUAUAAAGUAUUGAUAUGGAGACAAUAUUGUCAAAAUGGUUCAGAUCAGACUUUGGAAAUGAAUCAUUUACUCAUGGUAGAGAGGUGCCACAGGCACAUAUAUCCUAUGGCGGUGUAUUUUUCUUUUUUUCGUUUUUUUUUUUCUGUAUGUGUAACCGUUGAAAUAUGAGGAUAUUAUUUUGGUAGAUAAUCAUUAGUAGUUUAGAUUUUAGAUGAUGCAUUUAUUAUUUAUAUUUU